UCAACAUUACUUCAAUUGCGAUUCUGCGUCUUGAUCUUCUCGCCUCGCAUUUGGCGCAUCUCAUCAUCAAGGCAGUCUGAAAACUCUCUAAGAUGGCAUCCCGCAGAUCUGCCCGGCUCAGUGCUCUUGUCAGUAGCACUGUCUUAGCUGACGCGCUGCCUCCGUCGGCCCUUCCCGCCGUGCGGAAGAGGAAGGCGCCUGCCAAAGACCCGGCACCUCCCCCCGCGCCUGCCGAAGAGGAAGCGCCCUCGACUCCUCCAAGACGCCGGGCCCGUAAGAAUAAUCAGGAGCUCCCUGCAACUCCGACCCCCAAUGCCGUGGGUCUUAUGGCUGAGAAGACCCAGGUGAACAGGUCAACCCCUGUGAAAAAGCCCAAGUCCGCGGCCAUCAGUCGCCUGGCGGACCCAAACAAAACGAACGCCCCCCUUUUCUCCCCAAAGACGUCGCGCAUCGUUGCCUCCAGGCCGGCCGAUGCCGCGUCGCCGUCUAAAGCGCCAACGGGGAGCUCUAAGGCCCCAAGGACGACGACUGAAAACAUACUCGAAGAAGCCUGCGCUCACCUCAUCAAGGUUGACGAGCGCAUGCGGUCACUCAUUGAGAACCAUCACUGUCGCCUGUUCUCAUCCGAGGGGUUGUCCGAAGAGAUUGAUCCUUUUGAGGCACUUGCCAGCGGCAUCAUCUCUCAGCAGGUGAGCGGUGCGGCUGCAAAGGCCAUUAAGGGCCGCUUCGUCGCCCUGUUCAGCGAUGGGAGCGAGGUGCCACAAGAAAUCAUGAGUACUGGCUCCUCCUCCUCGGGCCGACGGCGAUUUCCACAUCCCUCGCAGGUCGCGCCCACGCCGCUUGAAACGCUCCGGACUGCCGGUCUCUCACAGCGGAAGGCCGAGUACAUAAUUGGCCUCGCUGAGAAAUUUGACUCGGGGGAGCUGUCGGCGCAAAUGCUCGCAGACGCGCCCUACGAGGAAAUCGUCGAGAAAUUGAUCGCCGUGCGCGGUCUCGGGCGCUGGAGCGUCGAGAUGUUUGCCUGCUUCGGCCUCAAGCGCAUGGACGUCUUCUCGCUGGGCGAUCUUGGCGUCCAACGUGGCAUGGCGGCCUUUGUCAGGAGGGACAUUGCAAAGCUAAAGGCCAAGGGCGGCAAGUGGAAAUAUAUGAGCGAGAAGGAAAUGGAGGAGAUCAGUGACAGGUUCAAACCCUAUCGGAGUCUCUUCAUGUGGUACAUGUGGAGGGUUGAGGAGACGGACGUUAGCACGAUGGAAUGAGCCACGACCGCAUCUCAUCUUUGAGGUCUUUCGUUGGUAUGUGGUUCGGCGUGAUUAUUGCAGCUGAUAUCCACCAUUGAUGUUCACCAAGGUAACGAAACCUAGACAUGAUAGAUAACGUGAUAGCUUGUCUCUUGUAAGGGCUAUCAAUAAUUCUAACAAGAAGUCCAGCAGUUCUCCUAUACCUGCCUACAAACGGGACUGGUCU